AUGCCCAUCUCCGAGCGAACACCGCUGCUGGUCGUGCAGGUCUCGCGCCCACGCCCGCGGUAUCGGCAUUCACGGCUGCGUCAAACUUGUACCUUUUGCCUCGGGUGCAUCCUCAUCGUCAGCGUGAUCCUCUUUCUUCUGCCCUUUGGCCUCCUCCCUCGUGAGCACGGCUCUCUGUGGGAUUAUCUCCCCGGUGCCCAUCCGCUACCCUACAACUGGCCGGACAGCCAGGGCAUAUCUUACAAGGCUCUCCAAGAAGUAUUACAGACUGUCCCCAGCGAGGACAAGGCAAGAGAAUGGAGUCACUACUAUACUUCUGGGCCUCAUCUGGCUGGGAGAAAUGUCAGCCAGGCUAUAUGGACCAAAGAGAAGUGGGACAGCUUCGGUGUGCCCGAGACAAGCCUGGUUUCGUACGAAGUGUAUAUCAAUUAUCCUAUCGAUCAUAGACUGGCCUUGAUUGAAAGAGAUGGAAAGAAUUCAAAGGUUACAUUUGAGGCGACCUUGGAAGAGAAAGUCCUAAACGAGGACCCUACCAGCGGCUUAGCCAGCCGCAUCCCUACCUUCCAUGGUUAUUCCGCUAGCGGAAACGUCACGGCUCAGUAUUUAUACGUUAAUUUUGGAACAUUUGAAGAUUUCGAAGAUCUCGUUAGAGCAAAUAUCAAUUUAGAAGGGAAAAUUGCAUUAGCCAAGUACGGCCGUGGUUUCCGGGGGCUUAAAGUGAAGCGUGCACAGGAGCUGGGUAUGGUUGGUGUAGUUAUCUAUACCGAUCCCCAGGAAGACGGUGAUAUUACAGAACUGAAUGGCUACAAACCAUACCCCGAAGGCCCUGCUCGCCAUCCAAGUUCAGUGCAGAGAGGUAGUGUCCAGUUUAUAAGCCAAGCUCCUGGUGAUCCGACCACCCCUGGUUACCCUUCUAAACCGGGCUGUGUUCGAGGGGAUCCGCAUGAACAAACUCCUUCAAUCCCGUCCUUACCAAUUUCAUAUGCCGAAGCAAUCCCUCUUCUGAAAGCCUUGAAUGGCCAUGGUCCGAAGGCUACCGACAUGAACAAAAAUUGGGAGGGUGGUGCGCUUUCACACAAAGGCGUGAAAUACAAUAUAGGGCCUUCCCCGGAAAACACAGUUCUCAAUUUGUACAACGACCAAGAUUACGUGAUAACGCCUUUGUGGAAUGUUAUUGGCGUCAUCCGGGGCUCUCUGUCUGAUGAGGUAAUUAUCAUGGGGAAUCAUCGUGACGCGUGGAUUGCUGGUGGUGCGGGCGAUCCGAACGGCGGGUCAGCUGCGCUUAACGAAGUCAUUCGCAGUUUUGGAGAAGCCCUCAAAGCCGGCUGGAAGCCCUUGCGGACCAUCGUGUUUGCCAGCUGGGAUGGCGAAGAAUAUGGCCUUAUUGGGUCUACAGAAUGGGUAGAAGAGAACCUACCCUGGCUCUCAAAAGCAAACAUAGCUUACCUGAAUCUUGAUGUUGCUGCUACUGGGCCGAAUUUUCAAUCCAGUGCUAGCCCUCUCCUACAUAAAGCAAUCUACGAAGCUACCCGCCUCGUUCUAUCCCCAAAUCAAACAGUAAAGGGGCAGACGGUGUGGGAUACCUGGAACAAAAACAUUAGCCCCAUGGGCAGUGGUAGUGACUUUACGGCCUUCCAAGAUUUUGCUGGUGUUUCAAGUAUUGAUAUCGGGUUUGUUAGAGGACCUAACAAUCCAGUUUACCACUAUCACUCUAAUUACGACAGUUUCUAUUGGAUGGAGCACUUCGGUGAUCCAGGAUGGCAUUAUCAUAUUGCAAUUGCCAAGAUCUGGUCCUUAAUGGCCGCCUACCUCUCCGAAACGCCCGUUCUUGCCAUGAGCGCCGCUGACUAUGCUACUUCGCUACAUGAAUAUUUGGACUCUGUGAAGCACACAGUGAAAAUCAAUAAAACGCCAUCUUUAAAUUUCCAUCCACUUGAGAAUUCUAUUUCCAAGCUGCGGCAUGCUGCCGCCAAGUUUGACGAAUACGCGGCGUCUCUCUCUGCCAACUUGAAAAAGGACAUUCCAUGGUGGCAAUACUGGAAAAAGAUUGUUCUCUACUUCAAGAUUCGUGCCGCAAAUGACAAAUAUAAGCUACUAGAGAGAAGUUUCUUGUACAAAGAAGGCUUAGAUGGUCGUAAUUGGUAUAAGCAUGUUGUUUUCGCACCAGGGAGGUGGACAGGAUACUCUGGAGCGACCUACCCAGGUCUUGUUGAGAGUAUUGAAGAUGGGGAUAUGGCCAAUGCUAAGAAAUGGAGGGACAUUAUCAAGGCUAAGAUUGAUGAUGCUACGAAGAUUUUGAAGUUAUAA